ACAGUUUUUCUUGCAAUCGAUCUUGGAAGAGCUGAUUUUGCGUUGUGUGGGGGGGGGGGUCUAACAUUGGAAUAAAAUCUUGACAAUGGAGGACGAAGUGAAAUGGGCCACAGAACUUAUUGACCAGAAGUUGGAAAUCGAAACUGCAAACGAGAUAAUGAAACCUCGCUUUCGGAAAAUAGGAGUGAUCGAAAUAGAUUCUGAUCAUUUAAAAGAUGAGAAACACAAGGAACCGGUGAAUCGAAACCUUGCAAAUCUCAAGGGUGACGAACGGGUACGGAAGACUUCUGUGGAUCUAAGAAAGGAAAUCAUAGAUGUCGGUGGGAUCCAAAAUCUCAUUGAAAUCCGCAAGAAGAGACAAGAGAGGAGGAAGAGAAAGUCUCAGAUAAUUGUUCCAGAGCCCGAGCCCGAACCAGAGGAAAUUACAGGACCGGUCAGUCCCGAAGCGUUUCUCAAGGCUGCAGUUGAAGGCAAGAUGAAUAUAAUUGAAAAGUACUUGGAAGACAGUGGAUCUCCAGACACUUGUGAUGAGUUCAAGAGGACAGCACUUCACAGAGCAUCACUCGAAGGCCACAUCGAAAUAAUCAAGAAACUAAUAGACAGCGGGUCGUCAGUCAACUUCAGAGACAGGCUGGACUGCACAGCCAUCCAUUGGGCUUGUCGUGGGGGCAAAGUGGAAGUGGUGAAACUUCUUCAGGAUAGUGGAGCUGAAAUUAAUCUUAAAGAUAAGCUUCUAAGCACUCCUUUACAUGUUGCCACAAGAACUGGUCGUGCUGACAUUGUGGAGCACUUGAUUGCAACCGGAGUGGAUAUAAACUCCAAAGACAGGGAAGGUGACACGGCUCUCCAUGAUGCUGUCAGACUGAAUCGCUACAAAAUUAUCAAAAUGCUUAUUCUAUAUGGAGCAAACAUGAUGACCAAAAAUAUGAAUGGUAAAACCCCCACAGAUUUGGUACAACAAUGGCAAGCAGAUACAAAAGAGGCACUGGCGAAAAGGACAGAGAAAGGCACAGAAAAGAAAUGUGAAGCGGAACCGUGAAAAUCUCUGUGAAUCCCGGAGGGUGAAUUCACUAAACAGGGAAUUGUGGGAACACAUGAAGUAAUUGCAAAUUCUAAGCCAAAAGAGCCGGGUUUUUCCAAUGCAGCUAUUUUGGUCUAAAACACGUAGGACUUUUUAAAAUGCCCACAGUUCCCAAUUUUCGAGAAUAAACCCCCUUAGUAUAUUAAGCACUGGAAAAGAAACAUCUGAAAGUGAUUGACUGUAAAGUAUUUUAUUAUUUUUUUAAAUGCAGACUGUCUAGAUUUCUGUAAAAUAGGAUGUAUCAUUGUAUUAUACAAUAUUAUAUAUACAUAUUUAAAGAAAAUGGUAGUAAAUAGAGAACUGACCUUGUGUAUAGAUAAAUUCAUUCAGUAUCUUGCUUUCUACAUUGGAAUAUCAGUCCCUAAGUCAUAGCGAUUUUCUUUUUCUAAAGUAACAAUAUUUAUUUGAGAAAAUUAUUAUUAUUAUUAUUAUUAUUGCCAUUUAUAUAGCGCCAACAGAUUACAUAGCGCUUUACAAUAUUAUGAGAGGGGGGAUUUAACUAUAAAUCGGACAAUUAUAAGAAAAAUUACAGGAAUGAUAGAGUGAAUAUAAUGAAAUAUUAGAAAUAAGCACUUGGAUCUGGUGGUAUGGAUGGAUAGCACGUGCCUCAAAUAUUGCAUACCUUCCAAGUGUCCCUUUUUAGGAGGGACAGUCCCUCCCUAUUUUGGGCCAAAUCUCUUUUCUAUCCUAAUGUUCCUCUUUUCUAUUACGUCUAUCACAUAAUAUGAAUAUGAAUUCAUAUUAGAACUGAAGCUACUGUCAAAGAUCUGCCCACUUCAACAGAAAGUGGAGGGUACACAACACAAGUAAUUAACACAAAGAAAAACGUUCCCUGGUGAUUAAACUCUCUCUGUUCUGUUAUGUACCGGUGAUAAUGAAAUCAUUAAAGCGACUCUGUCUCCUCCUGGA